AUGCGCCAAGAUUCGGCGUGGGAAAAGAUUGAAAGUGGCAUUACUUCCUUUCCUGAAGAACACAACAUUUCUUUACCCACCAGACAACGAAUCAGAAAAAGGAAAAGAUUCAUGGACGAGUUGGCAAUUGAGGAAUGCAUAGAAGACCCUAUUAAGAAAGUAAAGGUUGAUAUUUAUUUCAACGUUCUAGACUCUCUCUACAACCAGCUAAAUGACAGAUUUCAAGAAAGUUCUCUGGCUAUGGUGUCGCAGAUGGGAUAUUUUUCUCAUGAUGGAAUUUUGAAGAUGGUAGAUGAUAAGAAAAAAGGCCUAAAAUGUAAUCCAUCUUCAAUUGAGAAUCUUUGUGAAUACUACAAUCUAGACAAGGAAUUAAUUGUAGAUGAACUAGACAUCUUCAUUGAUGUUUACAAAGCUACUCACUUGGACAUAGAUAUUUCUGAUGUCAUGUCUGAGAAGAAGAAAUCAGAGAGAACCAGUACUGCUAACCCCGAGGAUAGUUUAAGUUCUGACCAUGAUGAAGAUGAAGAACAGGAGGACGUUACAGUGACUGACAAGUUCAAGAAAAAGAAAAAUGUUGACGACUGGGUGAAAAGAGGAUUUAUUAGACCAUACAGGUGCCUAUUGAAUCUAUCAGGAUUCCCUCAUCUCAGUAUACUUUAUAGGAUACUGUUGUCUCUGCCAGUCACAAGUUGUUCUGCUGAGAGAACUAUGAGUCGGUUGAAGAUAGUUAAGAAUCGUCUAAGAAGCACCAUGGGGGAUAGUUGGCUUUCAAGCUUGCUCAUUCUUUCUUGCGAGAAAGAAAUUCUAAAACAGAUCUCAAAUGAAGAAAUCAUCAACAGGUUUGCACUUUCAAGUGUGCAAAGAAAAAAACUUCUUUUGUCAAAAAUUUAA